ACAAUAUCUUACAGGAAUAAUUCAAGGUUGUUUAUCAUGGCGGACACGAACUUUGGUUUUUCCAGUUGUUUUUUCUUCACUUUUGUUUUUCAUAUCGCACACGUUGAUGGCAUUAUUGGAUAUAAAUGACAGCUUUUACCUAAUAGCGUCCUUCACGUAGGGAGUCAUGGCAACAGUAGAAAAUGAAUAUUAUCUACGAUCUGUUUUGCUGAUUUCUGAUGGCGGAUCCUACAUAACAAAGAAAAUAGUACACAGAGAGCUUCCGAAGUAUGGUUGCAAUUUAGACGCACUUCUUUCCUCUAAUACAAAGAAAAUUGAAAACGAAUUCAAAAAGAAUAGAAAACAAAUAGAAAAACUGUUUCCAGCUUCCGGACAAACAGAUCUUAACACGUGGGACAUUCAAAUGUUAACUGGUAUUAUACUGGUUUUGUUUCGCUCGAAUCUGGAGCCUGAAGAGAAAAGCCAAAUAAGAGAAAUUAGAUAUGUACGGCAUGAGUUAGCACAUAGUCCUUCCGCGGCUUUGUAUGAAGAUGACUACAAAGACGUCAAAGAGAGACUUGCUUUUGCUAUAACGACACUUGCUUGUAGAUUCGAGACGAGUGUCCAAGACCAUUGCAAAGAACUUAUCUCGAAGUAUGAGUCGUGUUCUUUGGAUGUUACAGCGUCAUUAGAACGCCUGAAAGAGAAGCAACACACUGAUGAGUUAUUUGAAAAGAUCUUAGAGAAAAUUAAGCAGUUAGACGAAAAAUUGUCAAAAGAUAUCGAAGAGUCAACGUCGCAGAUAUGUCAAACUAUUACCGAUACAAGUCAGGAAACAGCAGACAAAAUUGAUGCAGUUGAAGGGGGUAUUCGUACUGCAGUUGCAAAUACGGAGCAAACAUUAUCAAGUCAAAUCCAAAUUGCCAAAGCAGAUUUGAAAAGUGAUAUAAUAACAGAAAACCAAAGGCUUCUAUUAGCUGUUUUAGAAGAACUAAACAGAAAGCGCCAGAUACAACCAUUUGAAAGAAUUAGAUCAAUUGUUAAUUCAAAGCUGACAUUUAGCGGUGAAGAAGAAGUAGUUGACCUGGCCGAUAAAUUAACCCUAACUGUAAUAAAUGCAGCCUUAAAACGGACACAAGGUUCGACGGAGAUGGAAAGAAUUAGGAGGGCUGUUGAUGAUAUUCUAGAAGAAUUUGACAAAUUAGAGGGGGUUAAAGUCUUAUCUGCAGAGCCGCAGUGUAUCAUUGUAGGCUUUCAUUGUGACAAUUACAAAAGUCUGUAUGAUCUUCUGACGUACAUCGCAAGUCAGUCUUAUCAAAUACGGCUUAGUGUUAUAGCGGAAGCAGUGAGUUCUUACUUACACAAGCCACUGACUUUGCAUUCAGACAUGACAUCAGCAUGUGUGCAUAGUAUAUUGGAUGAAAUGGGAACGACCCACAGCAUAAAACGGAGGUCAAUUCUGCUGCCUAUUCAGUGCGAUACGAUUGAAGGACUGGAAAAUGUGAUGAAGAUCUUUGAAAGUGAUGUGCUAUCAAAAAAGCUUGACAAGUUAUCUGAUGCGUUGUCAGAAGAGCUAGCAGGAAAAGUUUCUGUUGAUGCGGAAUUAAAUGAAUUUUAUAUAAAGGAAGACAAAGAAAUAGAGCAUACAAGCCAACAAAAAGAAAACGACUUGCCCAUUGAAGAACAUAAAAGUUUGGAUGAUGAGUGCUUUGGUGACGGCAAAGAGUUGUCCGAAGAUCAUUCAUAUAAAAAAGAAAGACAGAGCUUAUUGAGGGAACAAAAAGGUUUGCCUACACAACAUAAAAAUGAAUCUGCUAAAGACACAUCUUCACAGGAAAGGAAGUUAAUAGUUGCAGCGAUAGAUGUUGGAACAACCUUUAACUACUUACGCGUAUUCUUACGGAACCGACUACGACAGAGAUCACCUCAAGAUAUACACAUACGACGACUGGAAGAAUGCCUUGGGAAUUUCCUCUUCGAAAACUCCAACCGUGGUUCUCUUUGAUGAAUCUGGUCAAUUUCAUUCGUUUGGAUACGAAGCAGAAAUAAAGUUUGCAGAACUGAUGGAAGAAGACACAGAUAUGCAUAAUGGAUGGAGAUACUUCAGAGAUUUAACACUGAAAUUGCAGAGAAAUCAGG